AUGCAAUUCCCCACGGAGAAAAGUAAUAAAUUGAAAUGGCGAUUGAAGCUGGAACUCAUCAGGAAGGAGGAUAAUGCACCCGAUUAUUUUAAGCUGACCUUAGACAGGAAUGAGUACUUUUUUGAGCAGGCAAAGAUCAUCUGCUCAAUAAUGAAUCACGAGGAAACGGAACAAAGAAAAUUGUGUAAAGUGAUCAGUAAUAAACCGAUUUGCUUUGAGCCCUUCAUAUAUUGCAGCAAACUCUUCGACGCGGAGAAAGAUUAUUUACCCAACGAUCAGUUGACAAUUUGUUGUCAAAUUCGAUUGCUCACAGAUACCGUUUGCACCUGUGGCACAGCGAAUCCCAUCAAAGUGCCCGAAAACAAAGUAGCUGAAGACUUUGGUAAGCUUUUCAACAAUGAACAGUUCAGUGACGUUAAGCUAAUGUCGAAUGGGCAUAAGAUAUAUGCACAUAAGAAUAUUUUAUCAGCUCGCAGCCAGUUCUUUGAGGCGAUGUUUCAAAAGGAACCACAGGAUUGUGUGAUCCUUAACGAUAUGGAUGCAAAGAUCAUGAUGGCAUUAGUUCGUUUCAUCUACACCGACGAAGUGACCAAUCUGGACAAGCACGACAAGCAACUGUUGGAGGCGGCUCAUAAGUUCAAACUGGCCAAACUGAAAGCUUUGUCUACCUACACAAGCUCCAAUCAGAACUUCUCAAAACCCGGAUGGAACACGCUGCAACAGCUUCGCCUUGAACCAGUGCCAAAUAAGGCGCAGAAGCCGCUGAUCUCGGGUGGCAAUUUUUAA